AAAAUCGUUGGUAUAAUGAAUUUCGUUGUUGUCAUGGUAACAGCUGAUAAACGUAAUGUCGGUCGGAUACGUCAGUCUAUACAAGACUUUUAAUCUUAUAUCAAAUUACAAAUCUUUUUAAGUUUGUUUAUCUUGAAAGGAAUGAUCUUGCACUAUAAUUAACAUAACAGUUCUUAACAACAGCAUAAGAAAAAAAUACUUGUCCGUCGUAGAGUAAAGCAGUUGAAAACGAGAGAAAGGUUCACAAGAAAUAUGAGUUAUCAUCAUUCAAAGUUGGUCAUUAGAAUCACCGUGUUGGGCGACAAAGGCGUUGGCAAAACCAGUUUAGUGAAAAGUUACCUCGGCAAAACUUGUGGCGAAGAUUAUGCGUUAAUCGACACAGCAUACACUUGUGACGCCGUCAUCGAAGGCGCAAAUGUCACGCAACAAAUAUUAGAUUCAGAUGGAAAGAAUUCUGCCGUGACAGCUUGGGCGCAUGGAGUUAUUAUCGUGUACGCAGCCAACAAACGAGAGAGCUUCGAGAAAGCUCGGGAACUUAUCGAAACAACUAAAUCGAUAACGAUGAAGAACGCCACCAUAAUGUUAGUUGCAAACAAAGUAGACUUACCCGAAAGAAAAGUAUCACUUGAAGAAGGGCAAAAACUAGCUACUCACAGCAACUGCAACUAUAUCGAACUAUCUACUUUACAAAAUGACGGAGCAAUGAAAAGUGUUUUUUACUCUCUCUCGCACGAGAUCAUUGAAAAACGCGGUUUACGGUAUAAACACCACAGUGGAACACCUCAGAGGGUGCGACGAGUAUUUCAAGCACUCACGCAUUAUCGUGAUAAGAGACGCAGCUACACAAGCUACAUAUAAUCAAUAUGUUUACUUUGAGAGUCAAAAAAAAAAUGUGAGAAGAAAAACGUGCCGAUUAAAAAACGUUGGGAACUUAUUAGUGCGAGUUUGGGGUGAAAAUAAUUCCGCGCAAACGCCAAAAAAAUUGGUAGUUUGGCACUAACAAAAAAUUCAGAUCUGCAGUAAUAAAUCUCGCUUUAUCUUGUAAUAAGAAUUCAGUUGAGUUUUUAGCAGCAUGCAAUAACAAAAAGGAAAUUUAAAAUUUUUCAGAAGCGUUACUUGUAUUCAAGCCUCGUUUGUGUAUUUACUUUAGUUUCAUAACAAAAACGUCAAUUAAAGCUAUUCGCGCCAAAUAAUUCCUUAUUCAAGCAACGUUGCCAAUUUUCGCUAUUUAAUUCCACAAAAAACUAAAAACUUUAAAGCCCAAAAUCCACUAAUAAGUUUUAUACUUUUUAAAUCUCUUGUUUUUCUACACUCAAGGAUCAUACCAAGACAGUCAACAGUGCUGGUAGCUGGGCGGACUGCAGUUUGGACUUGUAUAUACACCUGUACAUAAAUAUUAUAUCAAACAUGAAGAGGUCUAUA